AUGUUACGGCGCUUCGCAACGACACUUCCAUUGUUGACUCUAUUGGCGGCGACAGGCCUCCGGCUUGGGUCUUGGGCCCUCGGGUAUCAGUGUGCUGCAGAGAGAAAACGUAUAAAAGCCCAUACCAAAGGUCGACCCAACCAACAGCCAAUCCUACCACUUCCACUCCCACCAAACCACCCCAAGCUAACUAAACCACCAUGCGUUUCGCCGCCGUCUUCGCCAUCCUCGCCGCGCUCGCCGUCAGCGCCGCCGCGCAGAACUGCUACCCCUCUUACUGCCACUGCGGCGAGUCCGGCUGCUCGUCCGGCAGCCCCGCGUGCUGCGCCAACGGCAGCUGCCCCAACAGGGACUGCUAGACGUCGACCGUCGAACGGAGAAGCUCAACUUGAAGACGAUGUGGUUGAAGGGAGUGCGGCCUUCGGAUUUACAUGUUGCCCCCCGAAAAUCUAG